AUGAAUUCUGAAGACUUAAAAACUGCUUUAACUUAAAAGCCAUUCUUUGUUAUGUUUGUUGAUGCUUAACCCAAUAACAACGUCAGUUUACUUUUGUUUGCUUAAGAUCAGGCUUAUUUUGAAGUAGAGACUUAAAACUUGAAUCUGAGAAGAAAUUAUCUGUAUCUCUUUGACAAUCUCAAAAAUGAGGUGAUGAAAUUAGACUCUACGAUAGGAAUCUCUCUUUUGGAGAGAAAUGAACAAGAAAAACUAAAUUCAAAACUUGAUAGAAUUCAUCCAUUUAUACCAAAUGCAAAGAUAGGCGAAGAGGAUAAAGCCACUAUGUAAUUGUAAAUGUUUAAAAGCAAGGAUUCAGGAAAUUCAGCCUAGAAAAAAGAGAGUAGCAGAGUUUAGGUCCAUUUUUAAGAGAAUGAUGAUCCUAAUUUGAUAAUUGCCUAGAAUAAGCAAGUUAACAAAGAAAAGAAAUAACUCUAAUUAGAUUAAUCUAAGUUGAAUAAGAGUAAAAAUGAUGACUUGAUCUUGAUUGAUCAACCAUCAAGCAAAAGCGAAUCAAUAUAGGAGGAAAGUAGUUCAAGAUAAUCUAAUGAUAAUGAAUAGUAUGUUCAAAAAUUAGACAGAGACCAUAGAUAUUCUAUUAAUGCUAAAUAAAAAGAAUGUUCACUAUAGUAAAUGCUGGAUCAGCCUUUUUGUCCUCCUCCUAUGUUUUAUGAAAAGAAGGCAAAGCCUUAGCCUGAAAAAGCAUUGAUUCUGAAAUAAUCAGCAAAAUUAUAGAAGGGGAAUAAAAGCCAGUAAAUUUAAAUUGUAAAAGAAGCAUUGAAUCUUUAAGAGGAAAGAUAUCUAGACUAGCUUGAUGAAAAGCAAAAAAUCAUCAAGCACUAAUAAGAUAUGAUAGCUAGGUAGCAUUAAUUACUUCAAUAGUAGUUAGAAGAAUAAAAAUAGAAGACUAUUGAGAUAGAAUAAAAGAGACAAGAUAAAGAUUAUAUAUAGCUAAAUGACAUUGAAAAAAUUAGAGGGCUUGAUCCAAAAGAUAGAUUGAAUGUUUUGGAAUUUCUUGUAAAGGAGCUAAUUUAAUUGAAAGCACUUGAUGUAGCAGGGGAUUCUGAGAGAAGUGGUAAAAAGAGAAGAAGGCGCCAUCGAAGAAGAAGACAUUCAAGCUCAUAUGAUUCAGAGUAUGAUGAUGAGGAUGAUGAAGUAAGGUCUAGUCAAAAGAAAAUUAAAUUCUAAAAGGAAGUAUCCCUAAACAAAAACAAAAAUAGCAAUUAGAAGCAAAAGAAGUCUAAUCUGAAGUCACCAGCAAGUAAUUCUAAUAGACAAAAAUAAAUAAAAGUUCAGGACACUGAGGAAGAUCUGGUUUAUAAGGAUGAAGCUGGUAAAUUAGAAAGCAUUUCAGUCGAUGACAAUGAUUAGGUUGUAUAAUCUUCAAGGAAAGAAUGGGAAGAAGAAUUAACAUCAACAUAAAAUUUGGGUGUGUCUGUUAGUAUGAGGAAUAAAAAUGAUACUUCACUCAGAGUUUCAUAAUAGAAAUAGUAUAUUGAACCAACUGUGAAGCUGAACAAUUUUAUUGCUUUUGAUGCUACUAAGAAUACUAGUGUAAAUAGAUUCACAAGUAUCAAAGAAACUCAUCAAAGAAAGUAAUCUGAAAUAACAGAUGAGUAAAACUAUGAUGAUAAUUAUGACGAUGACUUUGAAAGUCUUUCUAAAAGUCAGGCUGGCUUGUCUGUAUAAUUAUCAGUAAAGAAAAGUCUAAAUAAAAAUACUAAAAAUGAUGAUGAUAGCUAUUCUAAUGAAUUCGAAAGCAUUGGAGAUUCCAAGACCAUUAGCAAUGAAGCCACAGUGAUAUGCUUUAUGUGUAAACAUUAAAUACCAAAGAGUUAAGCUUUGCAGCAUAAUAAAAUUUGCACAAAAGUUUAAAUAGGAGGCAAGGGAAAAAAGAAUUCGAUAUCGAAAGAUGAUAACCCUUCCAUCAAGCAUCAAAGAAAGUACUCACCAAUUAGGGAGGCUGAAGAUGAAGAAGCAUAAAGUAUAAAGAAUUCGUCUAAAGGAUCUAAAAAAGGUGGACCUGGCUCAAGUAGUGGAGAUAACUACAGCAGCUACAGAUAUGAUGAAAGUGAAAGUGUGAGAGGAGGGAAAACUUCUGCCUUAGUUAAGAAAAUUGGAGAGGAAAGAAAGAGUACUGAUUAUAUGAGAGAGUCAUAUAUGUCUAGCAGCAUGAGCACAGAAAAACCAGGUGUUGCUUUAUUCUCAAAAUAAGUGACUGAAUAUAUGAAGAACUCAAAGAAAGAUAAAAAGGAUGAUGAAGAAGAGGAUGAUGAUAGCGAUGAAGAAGACAGUGAUGAGGAAGAUGAUGAAAGUGCUUCUGUAGGUAAAAUAGGAUCUAUUACCUAGAUGUAUGAGAAAUAUAAAAAGAUGCAAGAUAAACUUGCUAAAUUUAAUGUUGGGGAAUUAGAGGAAAGUGCUACAAUUUCAAAAUCAAAUUGA